CGUUAACAAAAUGAAUAUCAGAUAACCACUAUAAUCUUUUAAUUCAAUAGAGAGAAACCCAGAGAAAGGAUGCAAGUCAAUAUCAGAAAUUGAGACAUUCCUAAAAGAAAUAGAUAGAUUGUAAGGAGAGAAUCAAAAGUUGAAAGAUCGUCUAAAAUAAUAGCCAUCGAUUACAAUGACGAUGGAAAACUAAAAGGUUCUAGCAGAGAAUUAAGAACUAAAAGUAAUGUAUUAAAAGUUAUGUGUUAGAAUCAAUUAGAGUUAUUGUAACAUAAAAAUGAAGUAUAAGAGAAGACUCAUUCAGAUGCCUUAAGACAAUUAGAUAUCAAUUGGAAAUAAGAUGUAGCUACUCUUAAAUUUUAAUUGGAACAAUAAGAGAUUAAUAAUAGAUAAAGUUUAAGAUAGGAAUCUAUAUAAUACAAGUAAGAAAUAGCGAAAUUGUAAUAACAUUUGUCUAAGAUAUCAAGUGUAGAAAAUAACAAUUAGAAUUUAGUCUAAGUAUUGGUAAGAAUGUUAUUUUAAUUUAUAGGAAAAUGAAUUGAUACAAGUUAAACAAAUUAAUAAUGCUUUAGAAGAGAAAUUAGAAUAAGCUAUUUCUUAAUUUGAUCUCUAGUCAAAAGACUAAGAAUUUACUUUGAUGAAAUAAUAAACAAUAAUAAAUUCCUAGGAAUAAUAUAUGAAUGAACUAAAAUAGAAACUUUAACUUUAAAAAGAUUAAAAUCUUGAUUUAUUAUAAUCAGUAAAGAAAUUGAAAGAAGUAGCUGAUAAUAAGACUACUUAAACUUCAAGUUUAAAUAGUAGAGUAAAAGAAUUAGAAAAUGAUUUUAAACAUGUUAGUAAUACUUAUUAAGAACACAAAGCUUAAUUGUAAUAAAGAGUAGAUGAAUUAAUUUAAUAAACUGGAAAAUAAGCUGAAUAAAUAUGUUUACUUUAGACUUAAUAAUAAAGAGAUCAAGAUUUGAUUAAGAGAUUGUAAGUGAAUCUAGAAAAUGAAUAGAAAAAUAAAGAAAUAGAAGUAAGAGAGAUUCAAGAAUCUAAGGCUAAUUUGAUUCAAUUUUUAUAAUAGGAAUUACUUUAAUAAAAACAAUAAAAUCAUUAAUUAAGAAGUGAAAAUCAAUCUUUAGAUAAAUAAUUAAAUGAACUUAAAUAAUAUUAUCAAUAUAAUUUUAGAGAAUUAGAAUGUAAAACUAAUAUUUUGGAAGGAGAAUGCAAUAGAUUGAAUAAUAUUAUUGCUUAAAAAGACCAAGAAAUUGUGGCAAUUGAAAUGUAAUUGAAGAAUACUUUCAAUUGUUAAGAAAGAGAAGAUGAAAAAAUUCAUGAAGUCAUUUAAAUUAAAGAAUAAGAAAUUAAUUUAUUGAAAUAAUAAAAUGAAAGCUUGAUUAAUGAUCUAUCAAGAUAAGCUGAUAAUUAUAGACAUCUAGCUUUAUAACACAAACAAUAUUAGAAGUUUGCAGAGGAAGUUAAAUUAAAUAACAUCACCAUUAAUGAAUUAUAAAGCAAAUGUGAAUUAUAAGAUAAAGAAAUUGAAAGACUCAGAAUGAAAGUUCUAGAAAAAUCAUAAUAACUUGAAAAAGUAUAAAAGGAUAAUCUAGAUUAUUAAGCCAAACUUAAAUCAAGAUUGAAAUGAUUCUAU